AUACGGUGAACGUUUUUUAUUGAUUUCAAUUUGUCCAUUUAGCUUUUCGACAAACUGUAAUAACUUGACUUUUUUAUUCAAUGUUUCCGAAGUGAAAAUCAAGGGGUAUCCCUGUGAUUCAACGUAUUAUCAUCACUAAAUGUCUACACAGUCAAAAACAAUGCCGAAGUUAGAUCUGAAAGUGUAUAUAAAAGUGGUCGCUGCUGUUUUCUCCAUUUCAGCAACUUCAGCAUUUGUGUUAGCUUUGCUGCGCUUAUUAAAUCCAGAUUUUUUUUACUUGAGUCCAUUAGAUGGUUCUGAUUUGGUUGUUCAUUACUUCAUAUCAGGGUUGAUGGUGGUCGCUAGUGCUAUUGGCUUCCUCAAUUCUUGUGUUGUAAUACAUAGAAGUUCCUCACAGAACAUUGGUCAAAAUGUUACCACAUGGCUGCUCCUAGACUCUUUAUUUGAGACCAGCAGAGUGAUUUAUGUGUUUGUCUGUGAAGUUGUGCUGAAGGGCAAGGGUUCAGUGCAAAUGUAUGAACUAUUAAUUAGUGGAGCGCAGUACUUGCUGGACAGCUUCCUCUACUGUCAAAUGAUACUCAGACACUAGUACAUGCCUAUUUUUAUAAUUUUAACAAUUGAUUCAUAAAGUAUUAUAUGGGGACAAAAGUUAUCUCAUAUUUUGUUUCUUAUCAAAGAAUAUUAAUUAGUUAUGCAUUUAGCUAAUACUUUCUAGUGUAGUUCAAAUCGUAUUUUCGUAAUUUAAAACGAAUUUAUGAUAAGACAGGGAUUAUAUCUGUCACAUUCCACCAUAACUGUGAUUAUUAGGGUUAUUACAAAAUAUAAAGAUGUAUUCAUUUGGCUAAUCCUGCCUAAAUUGUAUCCAAAGAUAAUUUCUAAGAAAAAAAAAAUGAAAAAGGAUUUGAAAAUCAUCCAACUUUUAAAAUUAAAACGAAUUCAAAAGCCUAAUGAAAAAGGACAAUAAUAAUGUCCUAAUAUUAAUAAGCAUUUAUUAUUUUAAGGGAACACCCAAUAAUCUUUAUGUAAGUAUAUAUGUAGCUGUAGAUCUGUCAUGUAAAACAACUAGAAUCGCAUUCUCAUAACACAAAAUAC